CCCUAUCCCCGCUGUGUCCCCACGUCCCCCCCUCGUGUCCCCCCCCGUGCCCAAAGCUCCGCUGCGCCUUUAAGGGCGGAUGGGGGCGGCCCCUUUAGGGCGGGGGGGGGGCAGCAGCCGCCCGCGCACAGCGCCGGGGCCGCGCCGGCACGCCCUAAUUUAUCCCAAUAUUCCUGUUUUUUAUCCCUAGCUUUUAGUCCUGUACCCUACUUUUAUCCCUGUACCCCUAGCCUUACCCCUAUACCCUUACUUUUAAACCUAUACCCCUAUUUUUUAUCCUUAUCUCUUAUCCCUGCACCGUUUUUAUCCCUAUACUCCUAUUUUGUGUCCCUUUUAUCCCUAUAACCCUACUUUUAUUCCUAUAACCCUCCUUUUAUCGAUAUAUCCCUAUUUUAUCCCUAUAUUUCUAUUUUUAUCCCUUUUGAUCCCUACACCCCUACUUGUAUCCCUAUACCCCAACUCUUAUCCCUAUACCCCUACUUUUUUUCCCCUAUAUUCCUAUUUUUUACCCCUACUUUCACCCCCUAUACCCCAAUUCUAACCCCUAUACCCACUUCUCCCAUCCCCACCUCCCCCCAUGGCCCCCCCCCACCCCGCUCAGCCCCUGCCCCCCCUCCCCAAGCCCUAGGUGCCCCCACCCUCUCCCCCCAGCCCCAUAGGGUGCCAUGGGGACACUGUGGGUGCUGAGCCUGGCCGGGGCGCUGAGCCUGGCCGGGGCGCUGGCGGGUGACAGCGGGACACCACGAGCGGUGACACCGGCGGCGCUGGACACGGGGAGCACCAGGGAGGACCCCAUGGGACACGGACAGGGCCUGGACUGCAGGGAGGUGAGGAAGCACAACAGCUCCGAGUGGUGCCGCUUCGUGCGGGGCAACCCCGACUGCCAGCUGGAGGGCGGCUUCCUCGACUACCUCGGCGGCGUCUUCUGCGUCUUCCCCCCGGGGCUGCUGCCGCUGGCCGUCACCCUCUACGCCCUGUGGCUCCUCUACCUCUUCGUCAUCCUCGGCGUGACAGCCGAGAAGUUCUUCUGCCCCAACCUCUCGGCCAUCUCCACCAACCUGAAGCUGUCCCACAAUGUGGCAGGCGUCACCUUCCUGGCCUUCGGCAACGGGGCGCCCGACGUCUUCAGCGCCGUGGUGGCCUUCUCCGACCCACGGACAGCGGGGCUGGCUGUUGGGGCCGUCUUUGGCGCCGGCAUUUUUGUGACCACGGUGGUGGCCGGCGGCAUCGCGCUGGUCAAGCCCUUCACGGCCGCCUCCAGGCCCUUCCUCAGGGACGCCAUUUUCUACAUGGUGGCCGUCUUCCUCACCUUCCUCGUCCUCUACCUGGGCCGCAUCACACUGGGAGAGGCGCUGGGUUACCUGGGGCUCUACGUCUUCUACGUCUUCGCCGUGGUGCUCUGCACAUGGAUUCACCGCAGGCAGCGCGGGGAUGGGCUGGCCCCCCCCGGACCCUGGGAGCCAGAGAUGCCGACGGAUGCUGAGGAGCGGGAGUCCUCGGGCACCAACAGUGGGGACUACGGUGAGGAGUACCGGCCCCUGCUCCCCUACCACGAAACCUCCCUGCACAUCCUCGCCAGCGCCCUCAGCCCCUUGGACCAGCGCAAGUGGAGGAGGAAGCCCUGGUACUGGCGGCUCUUCAAGGUCUUCAAGGUCCCUGUGGAGCUGGUGCUGCUGCUCACCGUGCCCGUGGUGGACCCUGACAAGGACGACCUGAACUGGAAGAGACCCCUCAACUGCCUGCACAUCGUCACCAGCCCCCUGCUCUGCGUCCUCACCCUCAAGUCGGGUGCCUAUGGGUUGUACCAGAUCCAGGGCAUCUUCCCAGUCUGGGGACUGGUCAUGCUGGUUGGCUCUGUCCUGGCCAUCAUCAUCUUCCUCACCACGACCAACGAGGAGCCACCCAAGUACCACUGCGUGUUUGCCUUCCUCGGCUUCUUGGCCAGCGCCAUGUGGAUCAACGCCGCGGCCACGGAGCUGGUGAACAUCCUGCGGACCCUGGGCAUCAUCUUCCAGCUGAGCAACACGGUGCUGGGCCUGACGCUGCUGGCCUGGGGCAACAGCAUUGGGGACACCUUCUCCGACCUCACCAUGGCACGGCAGGGCUACCCCCGCAUGGCCUUCUCCGCCUGCUUCGGGGGCAUCAUCUUCAACAUCCUGGUGGGCGUGGGACUGGGCUGCCUGCUGCAGAUGACGAGCAGCCAGCUGGUGGUGAAGCUGGAGCCCGACAGCCUCCUGGUCUGGAUCCUGGCCGGAGCCCUGGGGCUGAGCCUGGUCUUCUCCUUCGUGGCGGUGCCGGCGCAGUGCUUCCAGCUGGGCAAGGCGUACGGCGUCUGCCUCAUCCUCUACUACCUGGCCUUCCUCUGUGUGGCCCUGCUGACCUGAGUUCAGGGUGAUCCGCCUGGCCACCGCCUGACCGCCCGCCCUCCCUGCCCUCGGCGCCACGGCUCCAGCCUCCGCCUGCUCGUGCGUUUUGAGAAGGGAAAAGGAGGCGCUGGGCAGCAGCCGAGUCCUCGCCCCGCUCUGGUUAACCUCGGUUAACUCUGAAUAGGGACGAGGUGAAAGGCUCAGCCACCCCCGGGCACAAGGGAGCAGGGCAGCCGCAGGGGAGGUUGCUCCUGGGCACCCGCUUCCCGUCCCCGUCCCCCUCCUGGGGCUGCGUGGGGAAACUGCAAAGUAAAGGCUUGAGUGCAAUUUUGGGGCUGGCUGUCGUUGCAGAGGGCAGCGAGCAUUCGUAACAUGGGGGGAAGAGCAAAAGAGGGGUUGAGGUGAGGCGAGGCAGCAGGGCAGAGUGCAAGCGAAGCUGGAAAGCAGCCCACAGGAGGCUGGUUUCUCCUCAUUUUUUUCUUUUUUUUAGCAAUGUUUUUCAACCUGCCUUUAGGAAUACUUCUGCUCCUGAGAGCACAGACAGAGCUGUAGCAAAAGGACUUGGUGCAGAGGUUUCCGUGCACACUGUUAGCCUCUGGCAAAACUAGGUUUAGACACUGUAAGAGGAGAAAAAAAAAACACAAAUUAAUUGCAAUUAAAAACCACACAACCUCAA